CCUCCGCCUUCGCCGAGCCCCGCGAGGCCGAAACGCUUUCUCCCGGCAUGCAGCGGGAGGAGGGAUUUAACACCAAGAUGGCGGACGGCCCGGAUGAGUACGACACCGAAACGGGCUGCGUGCCCCUUCUCCACCCCGAGGAAAUCAAACCACAAAGCCAUUAUAACCAUGGAUAUGGUGAACCUCUUGGGCGAAAAACUCAUAUUGAUGACUAUAGCACAUGGGACAUAGUCAAAGCUACACAGUAUGGGAUAUAUGAACGCUGCCGAGAAUUGGUGGAAGCAGGGUAUGAUGUGCGACAACCGGACAAAGAAAAUGUUACUCUUCUUCACUGGGCUGCCAUCAACAACAGAACAGAUUUAGUCAAAUACUAUAUUUCGAAAGGUGCUAUUGUGGAUCAACUUGGAGGAGACCUGAACUCAACUCCAUUGCACUGGGCCACAAGACAAGGCCAUUUAUCCAUGGUUGUACAACUAAUGAAAUACGGUGCAGACCCCUCAUUAAUUGAUGGGGAAGGAUGCAGCUGUAUCCAUUUGGCUGCUCAGUUUGGACAUACCUCAAUUGUUGCUUAUCUUAUAGCAAAAGGACAGGAUGUGGAUAUGAUGGAUCAGAAUGGAAUGACGCCUUUAAUGUGGGCAGCGUACAGAACACACAGUGUGGAUCCAACUAGAUUGCUUUUAACAUUCAAUGUUUCAGUUAACCUUGGUGACAAGUAUCACAAAAACACUGCUCUGCACUGGGCAGUUCUAGCAGGGAACACCACAGUCAUUAGUCUUCUUCUGGAAGCUGGAGGGAAUGUGGAUGCCCAGAAUGUCAAGGGUGAGUCAGCACUUGAUUUGGCAAAGCAAAGGAAAAACGUGUGGAUGAUCAACCAUUUGCAAGAGGCAAGGCAAGCGAAAGGGUAUGACAACCCAUCUUUCCUUAGAAAGCUGAAGGCUGAUAAGGAAUUUCGACAGAAAGUAAUGCUAGGAACUCCAUUCCUAGUUAUUUGGCUGGUUGGGUUUAUAGCAGACCUAAAUAUUGAUUCUUGGCUCAUUAAAGGGCUAAUGUAUGGUGGUGUUUGGGCUACAGUACAAUUUCUUUCCAAGUCCUUUUUUGAUCAUUCGAUGCACAGUGCAUUGCCUCUUGGGAUAUAUUUGGCAACCAAAUUCUGGAUGUACGUGACGUGGUUCUUCUGGUUUUGGAAUGAUCUCAACUUUUUAUUUAUUCACCUUCCCUUCCUUGCUAACAGUGUUGCACUUUUCUACAAUUUUGGAAAGUCUUGGAAAUCAGAUCCAGGGAUUAUUAAAGCUACAGAAGAACAAAAGAAAAAGACAAUAGUUGAACUUGCAGAGACUGGAAGUCUGGACCUCAGUAUAUUCUGCAGUACCUGCUUGAUUCGGAAGCCAGUGAGGUCCAAACACUGUGGUGUGUGCAACCGCUGCAUAGCAAAAUUUGAUCAUCAUUGCCCAUGGGUGGGUAAUUGUGUAGGUGCAGGCAAUCAUAGGUACUUUAUGGGAUACCUGUUCUUCUUGCUUUUCAUGAUCUGCUGGAUGAUCUAUGGCUGUGUUUCUUACUGGGGACUUCACUGUGAGACCACUUACACCAAGGAUGGAUUUUGGACAUACAUUACUCAGAUUGCCACAUGCUCCCCGUGGAUGUUUUGGAUGUUUCUGAACAGUGUGUUUCAUUUCAUGUGGGUGGCCGUGUUACUCAUGUGUCAGAUGUACCAGAUAACAUGUUUAGGAAUUACUACAAAUGAGAGAAUGAAUGCCAGGAGAUACAAGCACUUUAAAGUCACAACAACAUCUAUUGAAAGCCCAUUCAACCAUGGAUGUGUAAGGAAUAUUAUAGACUUCUUUGAAUUUCGAUGCUGUGGCCUCUUUCGCCCUGUUAUCGUGGACUGGACCAGGCAGUAUACUAUAGAAUAUGACCAAAUAUCAGGAUCUGGGUACCAGCUUGUGUAGCAGCGUCUUUAUCCUAUGAAACAAUAUUGCUGAGUGGUGCCUGAAGAUUGUGUCUGUUCGUGUCUCUCUCUCACUCGAAUCCACAUUCUUGGAACAAAUAGCAUGCUAUAUGUAGGGCUAACAGUGAAUUUUACAGUCCUUUUUUUCAAUACUUUUAUUAAUAAAAGGGACACUGCCACUUCCAGGGAGAAUAAAGAUCAUAAAAAUAAUUUUCAUGCUUCUUAAUGUAGGAAUUCAUAAUAUACUCUUCCGUUUUGUUCUCAUAACAUAUGUCAUGAAAACAUGAACUUGUUACUAGAGAUGGUAUACCAAGGAUAAAUGUUGUUAUAACUAAAACUGAAUUUGUGUUAUAUGGCUAAAUUGUAUUAUGCAAUACUUAAGAGUAUUGCAUCUAAUUCCAGGAGAAUUGUCUUAAAUCGGUGUCUAGUAUUAUGUACAUUUUAGAUGUACAUGUAAAUACUGUGAUGAAAAUCAUGUGGUUUUAUUAGAGAUCUACUGCACUGUGUUCUCAAAGGCACAGGGAAAUAAUGUUCACGGAAAUGUGCUCGCUGUUGUGUUGCCACCAGCUGUUGCAAUGCUGGGUUACUUCUAGCUCAGUGAGAUAAUUUCUAGUAGCCUUGCUCUGAGGUCUCCUGGUCUGAUAAUAAAGCACUUGCAUGAGUAUACUAAGUCAUAAUAUUUUGUUGAAAUUUAAAGCCCUACUAAGUGCAUGUCAUACUGCAUAUAAUGUAUACUAGCAGAUACUGUCCAGUGAAGCAUAAAUUAGGAAUAAUUUCAUGUGCAAAACAGCCCAAUUUUUUUUUAAGAGUUGAGGUGGAUUUUCAACAAGAAGCAAAACAAAUAAGUAAUGCAAAAUUCUUAUUAAUAGAAAUAAGUGAAUUCUUUUUAAAUUCUGAACUGAAAAAUAAAUUGUAGGCAAAAUAAUGGAAUUUAAGCUAAAGAUGGAGCAUGAUCUCUGUACAUAGCACAUGUGAAUACAUGAAAAGCUAAUGGACUAUUCUUUUUUUUUCUUU